GAGUUGCCAACAAGAUCGCCCUGAGGCACGCGACAAAUACAAGGUGAGGCAGCCGCGCAAGAUAACACGUUUGAGAGCGCGUCGCUAUCCUCGAUACCGAAUCAUCGCCAUCUAAGAUGGUGAUCGUGAUCACAUGUUAUACGAGCAGUGCUACUGUGAUUAAGGUCCGAAGGUGAGCAAGUAGUCGCGGCUGUGAAGUCCUAUGCAGCUGUCCAAAGCGCUAGCGAUGUUAUUGCUAUCUCUCAGGAUUAGAUCUGUUGCGUGGAGAAGAGAAUUGACCACGGCAGCCUUGACGACACCCUGUUCGACACCAGUACCGCCAACACCAGCACUACCACCAGCACUCUACCAGCCUUUGGUCGCCCGAGAUAUGCGAGCUCGAUGCCGUCGUCAACCGCGGCAGGAAACCGCUUCGUCGGCCACACCCACGACCGCGAAACGUGACCACGAGGGCGGCAUGAGAUUGCAAGAAGCCGUCAAUGAGCCGCCACCAGGACCCCGCGACCUCUUCCCCAUAAUCAUGGCGUCAGUCCAGGACAGCCUUACGAACAACGAAUCGUGUGGCUCAAGAGCUCGAGGUUCCGGCUUGUACCAACUUCAAGGAGAUUAACCAGCCAACCAAUCCGACGUCGGACGUGAUGACUUCGCGUAUCUGUUCAAUCGCAAUAUUCUCUUGACGUUGCUUCUCAAGAGCUACAAGCAGGGUAAGUAUGUGGAAGAAUGUGUCGAGA